AGGUACAUUGAGGGUUGUCUGCGAUCCACGACUACUACAGCCCUCUCCUCGGUUAUAUCACUCCGGAAGACCGCCCUAAUGUCUGUGCAUCCGCAUAUUUGCACUUUCUGAAGUCUCUCUUACCUCUGCCAUGUCCAAUGACAUUCAGAAGGCCGACCAGAUAGCACAUAGGUUCUACACUAAACUCUCCUUAGUCGUCAGCUAUGCUAGGGCAACGGCAGAGCCGUCUGCACAGUCCAAGGUAGACAAAUGGUUCAACCUAGAAACGCCAGACGCGGAUACGUUCAAGAAGCAUACCACUAUCUAUCGCUCUAUUUCGUCCUCGCCGUCGCCGCCACCUUCAUUUCAGCUGCAGGUCCUCUUAUCUAUUCCAGAGCUGACCAACAACCAGGUCCUUGCAUAUGUUGCCCCCGACUCGUCGCGCUCACCCAUUGAUCCCUCGCCAAAGUACAUCCUCCUCGAGAACUGGUCCCUCGUCUUCACACCCCAUCAGACAAACUUACCUUCCGAGGAUAGGUCAGAUGUCACACCUCCGACUAUAUACAAGCACGGUAUAUCUCUCUUCAGGAGUAUGUUUACCUUACUACGUAUCUUGCCUGCGUGGAAGUUAGCCAGACGUUUACGUUCGCAACGGAACGGCAAAUUCAGCAUCGAAUUGCGAGUCGAGGGCAUGGGCGAAGACAGCAGCAUCAGUGCACACGACAUUCUGGGGUUUGGCACACCGGUGCACAACCAUUCUGCACUGCCGAUGGACUUUCAUGAGUUCUCGCCCGUACCUCAUCCAAAGGGUUCCCUCGCUCUAUCUGUGACUUGUCUGUCAUCGCCGAACUUUAGGCUUGUAGAUAGGGAGUCUCUCUUGUCUUCACGGUUCUUGUCACAGGACGAAGGCCCCGAGUUUACACCUACAUUGCUCAAGAACCAACAGCGCGAGUCUCUAUCUCCCUCACCUGGCAGUCUUCCCCUGAGAACGUCAUUACCCCGUUCUCCUCCCUCGUCCAUAGCAGAACGCUUUGUUGUUCCCCCACCUUCCCAUACGCGUACCCCUUCAUUAUCUGGGGGAAGUCCUCGUUUGCAGAGUGUGGCGUUACCCAUGACUAGAGCGCCUUCCUCUGCCUCUGGCGCCAUUCCAACCGCUUCCGCAUCCGGAGUAUCAGAAGGUUCCUCUACCAGACAAGGCGGUGCGUCUCCCGGCUCCAGAGAGGACUCUUUACCUAUCUCUGGCCUGGCAGCCAGGCUGCGCAGAGAGAGUUUGGGACGCGGUUCGGAAACCCCGUCCUCUGCGGGGCCGGUUGCCAUUCGUAGACCUCAAGUCCACCCGUUCAAGUCCUACACCCUUUCUUCGGGCUCUCCAUCACUCCAUUCACCCUCUCCAUCACUGCGGCAGCACUCUCCCUUGUCAACAGGAGGGGCGGGGCCGUCUUUACCUUCUCGGCCUCCUCAUUCUCCUAUAUCUUCUCGUGCGCAAGGGCCUCCUUCCCCUAUAGGAAUCGGUGGGAAACUUCCAUUACCUGUGACUCCGUUUCGGCCUUCUCCGCCAUUGGGACCUUCAAGUCUAGGCGAUAGACGAUCAUUGGCAUCUGCCGAGGGUGUAGUCGCCAGUGGGACCACUGGAGACGCUUCUCCAAGACCAAGUGGAAAGCGGUACUCGAGCAGUUUUGGACACCGUUAUGCUAAUAGUGGAGGCGCCGGUAGUGAAGGCAGCGCGGGGAGCGGUGCACGAGACCAAGAACGUCCAUCUAGCGCCUCGUUCCUUAGUACUAAUACGGAUGAUGAUGAGAUAUCAGCCUUCGUACAGGAUAUCGAUGCGCGCAAGCCACUAACAAGCACGAGGGACCAAAGAUCACAGGAGUCGCCUUCUCCAGCGCCUUCUGGUGAAGCAUUAUCAACCGAUGCAGGGCGAUCGAGAAUACGGACAAUGUCUGUUCCCGGUCCUGUGUUGACCACGGCAGAAGCGGUUGGCGAACGCCUGAAGGAGAUGAACGAAGCCUUCUUGGCUAGUCUCGCUGGGUUCGGAAACAGACGAAGACAGGGAAGUGAAGAUCGACAAAGCAGCGCAGGAUCCAGUACUGCAAGAGCAUUGAGCUCUGGAGCGUCGACUGUUGGACGCCGUACGAUUCUGGAUCCUAUAUCUAUUCACGGUAGGCAAAGCAGGCAAGAUGAGUCUGGCAACGCCAGUCCCAGUAUGUCCAGAAGGACGAGUGCAACAGGCAUGUAUGGGUUGCCUUCGCCUUACGUUCGACCGAGGUUUGCGUCAACUGGGAGCGCGAGAUCUGGAAUGAGUAUUGCAUCCGAGGAGGUUUUAGGAAGGAUGGAUCCGGAGAUUGAAGAUGAGAGAAGGCGAAGUCGAGGUUCGUUUCCUCCCGAGCCUAGGUGAUUGACGACUUAGGAUUUCUGGCGGCCAUCUGAUUCUUUCCUACACUAUCAUAUUACGUUUUUCUCGCCUUCACAUUCCACCACCACCACCACCACCAUGCUCUCAUAUGCACUCCCGCUUGGCACAUAACGCAUCAACUGACUAUCUUCUCGGCUUCUUCCACACAUGGCUUUCCCCUCCCCUCUCAUGUAGCAUUGUAUAUUAUACGUACCAGUGGUCGGACAGUGAUUUGUUUUUUUUCUCAUUCAUCGAGGUUGUUUCGACGAGUUGUUUUAUUAUUUCUCACUGAUGUUUUUACAUACCCGCAGUAUAUUUUAGAGGAUGUUAUAUGAAUGCUUUUACGCUUGGCUUGUUCCGGUAGUGCAACAUAUGCAUUAUAUGAUAGUCAGGGUAGUAUUCAUAUGACAAAAUAUAGCAUGGGUAUGAAA